UGUAGAUUCACAUUUUAUGAAUUUUAUUUAUUAGAUAUGUCAAAUUUACAUCAAAUGAUUUUAAUUUAGGAUCAAUAAUAUUACAACGUUCAUAAAAAAACACAGAACAAAUCAAUCAAAAUUACACAAUGACUUGGAUUCUGUUUUUAUUUCUUCCGUUAUUCUUUCCGUUUCCGGUAAGAGGUUUACAAAUUCGAGAGAAAAUACAAGCAGCAGAGAAGAUCUGCAGCGCCUACGGAUAUCAAGUUUUGGAAGCAAAGUUUGGACAGGAAAAUCAUUUGCUCUGUUUAAAGUUACAGGCUAUCGGAUCAUCUCACUUAGCAUCAAAUUCUUCAGCGUUAUUCUUAGACCCUGAAUCAAAAAACACUACCAAAGGCUUUCGCCUGGCAGACGUCACUAUGGCAUUCGGUUUCCCAGUAGAAAACCCGUCGUCCGGCUCAGCUGAGGGUUACGUUGGCGACGAUCAUAACUUUUACGGAGUGCUUCAUUUGGGUAACCGAACUCUUCACGCUGAUCCCUAUGGCAAAGACGAUCCGAAUAAUUUUUUCGGUUUUCUGGAAAACGAUAACAUGGCUGCACCUCAGCGAUCUCGUUUUUACCAUCUCCCCUACUUCCCGUAUCGCAUAGAGCAGCGUAAGCACCAGCCAGGAGUCGCAAGCGCACGCAUCUGUGACUUGCUUCUGCUGGCUGAUAAGGAGUUCUUUGUAAAAGAUGCAAAUUCCAGCCUCAAGCAGGUCGUUCGAAGAAUGAUGCACGCAGUUGCACAAGCAGACAUUAUAUUCAGAAACGCUGAUUUCAACGAAGACGGCAUACCGGAUAACAUUGGUUUCUCUGUAAAAUAUAUCCUUGUCCUCACAUCCGAUGAGACCAAUAAACGGGUCUUCGGAGACUUGGCAAAAGAUUGCGCAGUAGAUGGAAGAAAUUACCUCAUGCGCUUCGCAAGAUUGAGGCGUCUGUCUGAGGUCUGUCUCGGUGUCGCAUUCUCUGGACAUGCUUUUCAUAAUAGAACACUCGGAUUAAGCUUCACGUCUCUGGGCGGCGGCCUGGGCGGCGCCGCGGGCGGGCUGUGCGACCGGCGCGCGUUCGGCCGCUCGUUCAACACUCUCGCGCUCGCGCACGCGACCGUCGAACUCAACCAGCGCGUUCCUGAGAGGAUCUCGGCUCUCACGUUAGCGCAUGAAAUAGGUCAUAGUUUCGGUGCCCAUCACGACGAUCGUUUUCCCAACCCGGAAUGCCAAGGAUACAUCAUGGGCUCGCAAUCGACGCCGUCCUCCAACCACCACUUCGAAUUCUCACUUUGCAGCAAACGACUCAUAGCAGCCACCUUAAGUAGUAUGAGUUACUGUUUGUCCGAAAUCGAUAAGCCUUUUUGUGGUAACGGUGUGGUGGAAAAUGGAGAAGCCUGUGAUUGUGGUCUGCCUUCCCACUGUAUGUUUAAAGAUCCAUGUUGCACUCCUCGUGCGGGAGGUGCUCUCGCAUUUGAAGGAGGGGCAUUACACAAAGAAGGUUGCUCUGUAGCGCCUACAGCAGCCUGCCACCCCUCUCAGGGUCUCUGCUGUACCGCGAAUUGUGAAUACGCUAACCUUACCGCGGGCGGAAUCGAAUGUCCAACGCUAGAAAGGCAAUGCACCUGCGCGCACGUGUCGUCCGACUGCCGCUGCGGUCUGGGGGGGCGGUGCUUGGAAGAUAGAACGUGUCACGCGGCUGACUGCGCCAUUUUAGGUCUGAGAGAGUGCAGCUGCGAGAGGAAUGGACCGGGGGGUGCAUUGAGAAAAGCAAAAAUGUGCGGUGUAUGUUGUCAAAUAGAUGAAGAUGGCAGAAGCCGUUGCGUUGGCGUAGAGUUCGCUGCCAAAAUGGUCAUGGCUUCAACUGAACUGCCAGAGGACUGGCCUGAUGAGGAUUAUAGAGGACCUAAUAAGACUCUCAGACUCUGUGGUAAUAGAAAGUGCAGAAAUGUCCAAAUACGCGCUUGGUCUCCCGGAGACGCGUGUGUUUCAAUGAACGUAGUGGGCAUGUGUUCACCGCGAGGUUUGUGCAAGAUGGUCGUCAUAGCACCCACUUCGAACAUUUACCCGGAUGUAAUGGUGAGUAUAUAG